AUGGCUCAGAUGUUGAGUUUCAUGAAGGACAUCAGGGAUGAACAGGAAAAGGCUAGGGAAGCUCGGAACCAGUAUGAGGAAAUACCGAAUGAUGGCAACCCGCUGUUAGGAUUUGUUCGAGGCUUUGAUCCUCACAAGUCAAAUGCCCACUCCUCAAAGAGAGUUACCAGAACCCAUGAAGAGGGAGAAGCUUCCCAUGAAGGAUUCAUUCCCACCAAUCAGAAAGAGGGGGCGCCUCGCACGGUUCGCAUCCCUGCUAAAAACCCACCUAAGGAUGAAGAUUACGUGGAUUUACAAUAUGGGGAGGCGGAUGAAACAAAUCAGGAACCCCAACAUAAGCAAACCCAAUCUGAUUCUGAGGAAAGCGCUAGAAAUAGUGGACAAAUCAAGGCGCUAGAAGAAAGGCUGAAAGCAGUAGAAGGAUAUGACGUCUUUGAUGUGGAUACCUAUGAAAUGAGCUUGGUUCCGGAUUUGAUUAUUCCUCAUAAGUUCAAGAUACCCAACUUUGAAAAAUACAAAAGACUUACAUACCCAAGGAGUCAUUUACGCAUGUAUGUCAGGAAGAUGGCUGCUUAUGCCAAUGACCAAAAGCUGAUGAUGCACUUUUUCCAAGACAGCCUGAGUGGGGCAUCUGUUGAAUGGCACAAGGUACAAGACCUAAUCGAGUCUGGGGCAAUUGCUUUUGACAAACCCAACGUGAAGACGAAUCCCAUGUCUCGUCACGAUGGCACAGUCAAUGCGAUCGAGGUCGUCACUGAGCAAGAGUUAGUUCAACAACGGAGUUCCCCUAUAGAUGCCCUUAAGAGGUAUCUACUCGCAAGGGGGUUCGUCCUAGAACAUAACGAGGAUUUUAAGGACACCCUACAGAGACUCGUGGACCAAGGAGUAAUUCAGUUGAAAGAACAUCCCGAGGAGGAGUAUGUGGCUAUGCUAGAGAGGAAUGAGCCAUUGAUAAUACCUAGUCCAGGGGCAAGGAAGACAUUAAUCAUCCCCUGCGCCAAAACACCAUUGUUGAUACCCACACAAGUACACACUAGGAUCAUCCUAGUCAGAGAUCCAUAUCUGGUGGACAAAAUGAAAGCGGUCCCUUGGGAAUAUGAUUCUAGUACUAAUACGGAUGUGACAAAGAUCGUUGGGCCUGGGGGCAUGACUCGUAGUGGUCGCAUAUUCAGCACUGCGAAACCAAAUGAGAACUUAGCGCAAGCAGGUAAUCAAGCUACUGUGGUCCCGACUGAAGAAGGCACGUCCAAGGACAAAGAGACUGCUAACAAAGAUGCUGAAAAGUUUUUGGCGUUGAUCAAGAAAAGUGAUUAUAGAGUGGUGGACCAGUUGCAUCAAACUCCGUCCAAAAUAUCACUCCUCUCGCUGUUAGUACAUUCAGAAAAACAUCGAGACGCCUUGAUGAGAAUCCUGAACGCCGCCCACGUAACUAAAGACAUCACUGUGAAUCAAUUUGAUGGGAUGGUGGCUAAUCUUACUGCUGGGGCAUGUUUAAGCUUCAAUGAUCAUGAGCUACCCCCACAAGGGAAAGAACAUAACAAAGCCUUGCAUAUCUCCAUACAAUGUGGGAAAGCUCAUCUAUCCAGAGUUCUGAUUGACACAGGGUCGUCAUUAAACGUGAUGCCAAAAGCCACUCUCGACAAGAUAGCCUUGGAGGGUCUGGUAGUUAGACCAAGUCGUCUGGUAGUCAAGGCCUUCGAUGGAUCACAAAGUCCGGUAUUUGGAGAAGUAGACCUCCCUGUAGUAGUUGGUCCCCAUACAUUCUGCAUCAAUUUCCAAGUAAUGGAGAUUGAACCUGCUUAUACCUGCCUAUUGGGACGUCCCUGGAUUCAUGCUGCUGGGGCAGUUACCUCUACUCUGCAUCAAAAAGUAAAAUUUGUGGAUGGGAACUCUAUAGUGACCGUCAAUGGGGAGGAGGAUAUAUUUGUUAGCAAUCUGGACUCAUACCGAUACAUCGAGGCUGGAGAAGGAGCGUUGGAAACCUCAUUCCAAGCACUAGAGAUAGCAACUGCUGUCACACUACCAAUAGAGAAGAUACGAAGGGCGGUGACAUCCUGGAGAGACCUGCCAGACCUGAAAAUGGAAGGCUGGGGCAAAGUCCCAGAAAUUCAAGAGAAGAAGGAUCGUCUGGGGUUAUGA